AUGAGCGAGCUGUUGCCCACUAGGUACUUCCUCCUCCAAGGCGACGCUGCCACCUGGGUUUUCAUGGCGACCUACUUUCCUUGUGUCUGUCUGCUUGUAUCCCGUAAUACAGCGCCUACGGUUGAUAUUCGCUUCCGUUUCUCGUGAUGAUCGCCUUUUCACUCAACGCCCAUUGAAUUCUAGCUGGAAGUGUGGUGCGGUGUGUUUUAGCGCAUGGAAACCCUCUGUCGAGUUUUUCGUAAUGACAGUACGUUUGUGCCGCCGGAGCAGGUUAGCGACGAAAUCAAACUGAAGUUUGUGCUGAGAAAAGCAGCCAUGGUGGAUAACACUGUGAUAUUGACGACGCUGAAUGAGGCGUGGGCGGCUCCUGACUCUGUCCUUGAUGUCUUCCUGGAGAGCUUUCGGACAGGAGAGCGCACGGAUAGGCUUUUGGAGCACUUGGUCAUCGUCAGUCUGGACGCGAAGGCGUACGAGAGAUGCAAGUCUACGCAUCCCCAUUGCUACGCUUUGAAGACUGAAGGAGUGGAUUUCUCGCAAGAGAAGAAAUUUAUGACGGAAGAUUACCUGAAGAUGAUGUGGAGAAGGAUAGACUUUUUGAGAGUCGUCCUUGAGAUGGGAUAUGACUUCAUCUUCACGGUAAAAUUAGCUUUUCUGUUUUAAAUGAAUUUUGUUUCAAAGAACGUAGAAAGCCUACGAUCCUGAACAUGCGUAUUUUAAAUAUGUUUUCGAAAAAUAUUUCGACGGUCACGAGAUCCAGGGCCUACUAUUCGGAUGGAGUAUUCAUAAUCGAUUUCAACACAGAUUAAAGCUAAUCUAUCUAUAGUUAGCCUCUAAUACGUUGCACAAAGAGCAUACAUAGCGUUGAGGGUUCUCUCUCUCUCUCGCGCUCUCUUUCUCUCUCUCUCUCUCUCUCUCUCUCUCUCUCUCUCUCUCUCUCUCUCUCUCUCUCUCUCUCUCUCUCUCUCUCUCUCUCUCUCUCUCUCUCUACCUCUGUCUCUCAGUCUCUCUCUUUCUGGGUGACAUUCGUGAACCUCUGUUUCACCCGGGGGAGCUGACAUGUUCGAUGGGUGAAACUCUUUUUUCCUAGAUUGAGAAUAUAUUUGGCUCAUUUCAGUUUCAUCGAUGCAUUUUCAUGUUUAUCCACCAUAUUCUUCUCCGGACCUUAAACUGGACGAGUUUUAUUUUUAAAUCUUUUAAAAACCAUAAUGAGGGUCUUUCGCACCAGAUGAGAUCCGGUAUUUCGAACAGUUGAUCUGGAUUAGCUGGAAUGUGGACUGACUCGAUUCAGAUCCCUCCUCCGACAACAUGCAUUGGCUACUGACAAUCACUAUAAUGUGAUCUAGAAUGUGGUCAACUUAGUCUUCCCUUGCUUCUUGAAAGUGGUGAUGCUAACUGUAGUCUGAUGAGAGUUCCAUGAUGCAGCUUGCCUGUAAACGAGAAUGUAACUUUUGCAUUUAUGUUACAAGUACUUGACUCGGUUUUUCGGUAAAAUUAAUGUCUCAGCUUGUUAUAAUGUACUACACUUGCGGUUCGCCUCAUCUGUCGUCUUUAACAGCUCAACUAUACGAGGGAACUACAUCGUUUAAAUGACUUGGAAUCGAAUUAUGUAGUGCACAGAUGACGCCCUACUGAGUUGUCGGGUUAAUCCUUGGAUUUAGCUAUCAAAAUAUAUGUCUGAAUUCUGGCUAUUUCUCGAACUGCCGACGCGUAUUACUCGAAAACAACGUCUAACUUCCGCUAUCUUGUUGCAGGACGCCGAUAUAUUGUGGUUCCGGGACCCUUCGCUGUUCUUCUAUCCAGACGGGGAUUUCCAAAUUGCAUGCGACCAUUAUUACGGUAACCCCGAUGAUCUAGGAAACAGCCCCAACGGAGGGUUUAACUAUGCAAGGUCCAGUAAUAGAACGAUAGAGUUUUAUAAGUUUUGGUACGAAUCAAGAGAGAAGUACCCAGGCAAACACGACCAGGAUGUGCUUAACUUCAUAAAGGGCGGCCAGCGCCUCCGCGACAUCGGUCUGGUCAUGAAAUUUCUACCCACCGUUAACUUUGGCGGGCUAUGCGAGCCGAGCAGGGAUUUUAACAAGGUCUGCACCAUGCACACGAAUUGCUGCAUCGGUCUUGGAGGCAAGGUGAACGAUCUUAAGAUCAUGCUGGAGGACUGGAGGCUAUACAGGGCUUUGCCCCCCAGCGUGAAGGGCCUCGGGGGGCAUUCGUGGAGAGCGCCCCAGAAGUGCUGA